CGAGCGGUUCCCGGAUGUUAGCUGGCUCGCUCGCUUCUGAGAGGGAAAAAGCCAACGGCAGAAAGUGGAGGAGCCGAUACGAAGGGUCUAGGCUGACCAACGCUGCUGGCCAAGCUGAAGUGGGCUCAACCCGGCGCAAACGCGCAAGGACGCGCCAGCACCAGGGGAGGGGGGAGCAGAGGAAGGACUUUUCCCCCCGGGGGACGAAGAGGUCGGAAGGGCCGGGGGGAGGGAGAGACAGUCGCAGUUUCAGUGUGAACCUGGACCGGUUCAGCAUACCACGAUAGCUGAGCAUACUGGAUGGACUGUGGAAUUUGUAAAUGUGGUCACUGUGACCGCGUGUGGAGUGAAGAGGCACGUCGACAGUGCUGUGAGCCGAGGGAGCCCCCCCUCCCCCCUCCUCCACGCCCCCCGCUCCCUCUGCCUCCCCACUCACCAUGACGUCGGAGUUGGAGAGCAGCCUGACCUCCAUGGACUGGCUGCCGCAGCUGACCAUGCGGGCCGCCAUCCAGAAGGCGGACACCCAGGGCACCCACGGCCCUGGUGGGCCUAAGAAGGGAGCCCUGCUGGACCCCAGCACCACGCUGGACCAGGAGGAGGUGCAGCAGCACAAGGACGGCAAGCCGCCCUACAGCUAUGCCAGCCUCAUCACCUUCGCCAUCAACAGCUCGCCAAAGAAGAAGAUGACCCUCAGCGAGAUCUACCAGUGGAUCUGCGACAACUUCCCCUACUACAGGGAGGCGGGCAGCGGGUGGAAGAACUCAAUCCGGCACAAUUUGUCCCUAAACAAGUGUUUUCUCAAAGUGCCUCGCUCCAAAGAUGACCCGGGAAAGGGAUCCUACUGGGCGAUUGACACCAACCCCAAGGAGGACGCACUGCCCACUCGGCCAAAGAAGAGGCCACGGUCUGGAGAACGGGCCUCCACGCCAUACAGCCUGGACUCGGAGUCCCUGGGAAUGGACUGCAUCAUUUCUGGAAGUGCCUCGAUCAACACUGUGACUAACAAGGUAGCAUUGUACAACACAGAGCAGGAUGGCAGCGACAGCCCAAGAAGCAGCCUUAACAACAGCCUGUCGGACCAGAGCCUGGCGUCGGUGAACCUGAACAGCGUGGGAAGUGUGCACGGCUAUUCGUCGGUCGGCAGCCACCCAGAGCCUGUGUCCCAGCCCAUGAGCCUGCAGCAGCCGCCCCCCCAGCCCCAGUACAGCAUGCCGGAGAGGGACAAGCAGCUCCUCUUCUCUGACUUUGAAGAUCUCAGUGCCUCCUUCCGCAGCCUUUACAAGUCUGUCUUCGAGCAGUCCUUCAGCCAACAGGGUCUGAUGGGCAUGCCCUCGGAGCCCCCCCAGCCAACCCACACGUCUUGCUCCUACCAGCAUCCCCCCCCCAGCAGCAGCAUCAGCAGCCACCCGCACAGCGGGCAGAACAGUCUCACCAACAGCAUCGCGGGCGGAGGCCAGGUGCCCCUGUCCCACCCCCCCCAGCUGCCAGCUCAGAACGCCCACUCCGCCCACGGCUCGCCUCAUGGACAGCACCCUUCCCAGCAUGCGCCACACUCUCAGCACCUUUCCCAGCACUCCCAGCACCCAUCCCAGCAUGCACAGCACUCCCAGCACCCAUCCCAGCAUGCACAGCACUCCCAGCACCCAUCCCAGCAUGCACAGCACUCCCAGCAUUCCCAGCACCCUUCCCAGCAUGUACCUCACUCCCAGCACUCUCAGCACCCUUCCCAGCAUGCACAGCACUCUCAGCACCCUUCCCAGCAUGCACAGCAACAGGGUCAACAUCCAUCCCAGCAGCAGCAACAGCAGCAGCACCAGAGUCUCUCACACCAGCCCCUUCCAACCCAGCAGCUGUCCUGCAGCACCGGCCUCCCUGCCGACUGGUACCCCAACCUCGACGCCCUGAAGGAAAGCUGUCGUAUCGCCAGCAGCUACAACUGGGCAGAUGUGGACCUCUCACCAUUUCAAGGACUGAAGGAGAGCAUGAGGCAGGCGGAGCUCAACAACUGGUCCCUGGAACCCACGCAGAUAGCGGAUCUCUGCUCCUCCAUCAACCAGUUCUUUGCGCGCACUGGAGUCAUCCAGCCACAAGGGGCAGUGCAGCCCCCAGUCUGCCACGGAUCCAUGCACCCGAACAAGCCGGGUCAGCACAUCAACACAGGAAACAUGUACAUGGAGUCUCGGCAGAACCUGCCAGCCCUGAUGGGCCCCCCAGGGUAUCCCCACAUGCCCCCUAUGAGCAGCGCUGGUCCCACCAUGACAGGGCACCACACGCAGAUGAACCAGCAGCACCUCAUUCCUCCUGGAAACUUCCAGAUGCGACGCAUGCCCGCUGACGACAUCCAGGACGACUUUGACUGGGACUCCAUCGUUUAGGGGCCCGACCUGCCUCCCCCCCCUCCCCCCCCCUCCUCGCUGGCCCCGUACCUUGCAGCGAACUGCAUGCCAUGUGUGGGUGGGUGGGGGCAGCCCUUCCCUCCCACCUUGGGAUGGGACGCUUGGCAUGCAGGUCUUCCCCAGGGGAAGACCCGCCGGCCCUGACCUGUAUACGAGGCAAAAGCAAAGUUACUCCGAAGACAAUCAUAUUUACCUGGACAUGUUUAUGCCACCGCUUUUGUACGUGUCGUCCAGCAAGUAGUCAGUGUUGUCAAAAUGCCCCCUUCCUCCGCCUGCCCCGGCUCCGCAGUCGCUGUGUGGUGUCACCGUCUUCUUCAGUGUGCUCUCAUUCCUGUGUUGACUGACAAAACGGCCUUGGGGGUGAGGAGGGGGGGGGGAUGAUCACCAGAGGGCUGGAUGGGGGCAGAUGUCCUGCUCAGUUAUGUGCAGAGAGCUCAUGGGUGGAGGGGGUGUGGCGCAUUGCCUGUGGUCACCUGACCCAGAAGGUGAGGGCCGUGCGAGUUACCACUUGGUAGAUGACAUUCACGCUAAAGUAUGUGUGUGUGUCUGUGUGUGUGUCUGUGUCUGUGUGUGUCUGUGUGUGUGUGUGUGUGUGUGUGUGUGUGUGUCUGCGUGCGCGAGUGGCGCCUGCAUUCAUUAUGCCGUCCAUCCAUCUUUCACAUUUCAUUGCUAAUGUUUUAACUUUGCAGUAACAGUACAUUGGGGGUGGCUUCCACUGAAAUUGGAUUCCCCCCCCCCCAACAUUGUGCGCGCCUCAACUUCUGCAUGUACAAUCACUGAUUCAGCAACCCCCCCUGCCCCCCACAGCAGAAGUUUGGUGUCGAUUUACUUGGUUUACUUGGCACAGCUUUAAGCCGCGUGUCAGUCCUGCCUGUGUGUGUCCUACUGGCUCAAGUGUUCUGACUGAGCGCCCCCUAGUGUUGGUUUGUAUGAGCACGGAAGGGAAGUCAGAGUUAUUUGUGAAGCAUAUCACUAGGGGUAGUUCAGCACAUGGUAUCACAUGCCCUUUGGAAAUGGAGUGGAAUUGGAAACUGCCAUUGUAUGUCCCAUGUCAGCUAUGUUUAUGUCAGUUUUGGAAAUGAAGAAUUUCCAAGUUUUGCCCUGUUAUGAUGGUUCCAGAUGAUGGAAUCAACCUAUUACGCAAUUUGACAAUUUUGGAGAGGAUUUCUCAGAACAUUUGAAGAGAGGAGUGUGUAUAAUUGGGGGUCUUCAUACCUGAAUCACUGUGGGCUUGGGUCGCCUCCCUACACCUUACCGUCUGCACACAUGUGUUUACUGGGCCAGGCACACUGUGACGUGAGCACAAGCCUGGCCUGUAAGGGCCUGAGGUAGCGAGCCCACAUCCUACCGGCUUACUGGGUUUGCGCUCAAGUCCUGACAAGUUCUCAGCCCUGCGUGAGACAUGGUGGGUGGGUCCCUGCUGCUUCCCCAGGGUUGUUGUUCCGUCUCGCUUUGUCUUUUUCUGUCUUUUUGGGUAUUCAAUCAGCUAGUCUCCCACGACUGUUACGCCAUGUGUUUCUGUAGGGGUUGGGCUGGAUUUCUCAUGCGCUAUAUGAAUUUGGGAGGGGAGAGGUAACUGCUAAGGGACACAUCUUGCCCGAGUCCGACCCGGACGGUUUACUUUCGGCUUGGCUCUGUCGCCAUCUCUGCUAGUCGAUGCUGAACACGCGUCCUGUUGCCCUCAUUUGUGCCGAUGUGGAGCUGAUCUUGUGAAAACUGGUAUUUCCAUGUCUGUCAUCUCCGUGUAGGCCGUGAAGUCUGAAAAACUAUAAUUGGAUUUAUUCAGAGUAUGUAUAAUCAAGUAUUUUCAUGUAUUUUUUAACGUUUUAAAAUGUACAGUGGAUUACAACUGUACCUUAACUAACUUACCUACUGCUUGUCUUUGUCGACAUUCAGGCUCUAACUUGGUUUGACUUUAACGUUGUAUAAAUGUUUGGUUGAAACGGAUGCCUAUGUGUUGUCAAAGAUAACCAUUCACGUACACUUUGCAGCUGAAGAGAUUAAGCUGUUGUGCGCGGUACCGCAGCCAGGUGACCAGCAGCAUUUGGCGUCGGCCAGCCCCUGGCCCAACGUCAGGCUUUAAUUCCUAAGCCAUCUUGUGUUUUAGUGUUAUAAACCUUGCCAUUGAAAAUAAGCACAUUGUGUUAGUCCUGUGUGUUUUAAAGUUUGUCUGUGGGUGCGUCUGUGUGUGAGAGAGCGAGAGACCCUGUGCCUUCCUCCCUGUUUACACCUCGCCGUUCGUCCAAGGUGCUGCUGACCAUCCUCUCCUGGGGAGAACUUGUCACGCUACACCGCCGGUCAGGGUGGGUUCCAGUCCUGGGAUGUUCUGCUUCUCGGUGGGAAACCGCAUUGGCUCGGUUCUGAAGUGAGGGUUUCUGUGCUGAAGCAGACGGAACCGUUUAAGCCGCCCGUGACGUGCCGUCCCAACUGCGCGCUGACCAGCUGGCCAGGCCAGUCCAGCCCGGGGGGAACUGAUUUUGCCCCAGCACUACACGGCCUGGCUGCUGAUUUUAAGGCUUUUAAAUUGAAUGUGUUUAUGCGGUGGGAUUUUCAGGCCUUGGGUUUGGUCGGCGGCAGGCUGUGAGGUGGCGCGACCCAGCUCAUCCGCACGCUGCCGAGUGGCGCAGUCCUGCCGGCCGCACCGAAGGCUGAUUAUUACACAUCCACAGCAAAUCCAAUCUGCAGAGCUUAGCACUGCAUAGCACUGCGUAGCACUGGCGCACAUCUCUGACUGUAAUCGUUCACUGCCCUUUCAGCUAUGAGCAGCCAGUUGACGGUCGUUUUGAACCUGGUAACCAGUCGCCGACAGGAAACACAAAUAUCUGUGGCUGAAGGCGCCACAGAUUAGCACCUAGAAAUGUACACAGAAUUUAAACGGAACAGGAGGAGGGAAUCUGUGCGCUGGUUUUGGAGAGGAAACUGGGGUGGGGCAUAAAGGAGGUACAAGAGGAGAAAAAAAGUCUGGAUAAGACAAAUCAGCCUAUUUAAAUAUAUUUUUUUUAAGCAGUGUUCCUUCUAUCCUUGUGUGUGCGUGUGUGUUUUGUGCGUUUUAAAAGUUCAGCUUCACUAUGCCGGUGGAGACGCGCCAGAGAGAUUUUAAAUCCGAAAAGAGAGAAAAAAAAAAAAAAACAUUAAGGGAGAAAACU